AUUCCCUCCAAUUCCCACCCGCUGUCACUCGUUCAUUUCCUCCCCUCCCCCCCCUUCGAGUCUCUCUCCCGCCUAGUUAGUUACUCAUCUUCAAUCUCGCCAAGGUUCUGCUCUUCCUUUCCCUUGCUCAUUUGCUCCCUCUCUCUCCUUCAAUGUCAUUUACUCGGUGAUAUCCUCUUUUAUUUUCCUUAACAGCCAAAAAGAGGACCCUCGAGGGAGAACGCAGAGGAGGCUUCGCUCAAGCCCAAUACCACACACACACGCCUACAGCAACGCACACUUGAGAAGACUAGGAGGCCGUAUGUGCCCGUACAUUCAUUAGGACUCGCCUUGUUUCCCGCACGACUCGACUUCGUCCGACACGCUCGCUCAACGGCACCAUCUCAAAACCACCAUCGAUCGAAUCGACAUUCCAUCGACCGACAGUUACUAAUCGAACGGUUGGGAUUGCGAGGACGUUUGCUUGGAUUUCGAAAAGGCUUGGAAACGCUGGUUGGCCGACUUGAACCGCCCGAUUUUGCAUCGAAUUCCCCCCCCUGAGAUCCCGCGUUCGGAAUUCGGAAAUCUCACGAUAGGCCACAACUAAGCCAACACGACGACUGCUGUAUUCGAAUCGAGACCGACCUCUAUUCGACUUUUCUUUGACCUCUCUUUCUUGUUUGAUUCACGCACUCGUUAUACCCUCGCAACGUCUUAUUCCACAAAAUGAAGAACUCGGUAGCCGCCCUGGCUGUCCUGGCCUUUGGUUUCGCCUCGGCGCAAUCGGCCACAAGCAGUGCUCGCGGAGUCCAACAGCCCAGUACCGCUCCCGCACCAAGCGCUCUCACGGCACAAGGUUGCUUCAACCGAAACGCUACAACAUGGGAGAAGUAUACCCCCAAACAGGGCAUCAGCAGUGGAUCUUGCAACGACGAAUGCAAGCUUGUCCAAGAGAAGAACGUCAUGGCCCUCAACGGCGAGGACUGCUACUGCGGUGACUCGUAUCCGCCCCUUGCUGCCGUCGUCGACGACAAGAAGUGCAACUUCCCUUGCCCCUUCUACUCCCAAGAAGCCUGUGGUGGUGUAGAUGGUGGCAUGUUUUACUCUGUCUUCAACACGGGUCUCAAGCUCGUUGUGCCCCAUGAUGAGGUCGCAUCUUCAACCUCUUCAGCCGCCAGCAAACCCACAACGCCGGCGACAUCGGCCGGCGGUGCCGUGGAAACCGUCAUCGAGACGCCCGUACAGUCGUCAGCGCCAGCCUCUACCGAUGACUCCAAGAAGGGCGGUCCCAACACCGCCGGCAUCGCUGCUGGCGUUGUCGUCGGCGUUGUCGUUGUUGCCGCCAUCCUCGGCGGCAUCUACUUCUUCAUCCGCAGGAGACGCAAUGCCGAGAUCGAGGAGGAGCACCGCCGCAACGCCGCCGUCAACGCUUUCAUCGGCGGCCCCAAGCCUCCCAGCAGCAGUGGCAUGUCCAUGAGCGACUCCCGCAUGGAUCCUACCCUGGCGCACCGACGAAUGAGCGACGGCAGCAUCGCCGACAACCAAGACUACUCGCGGAAGAUUCUCCGAGUUACCAACGCAUGAGCACCUCUCGCUUCUCACGCACGUCAUGACGACGAACGACUUGGGCCUCUGGGCUAAUCAAAAUACCUAUUUCUUCACAAAACAUUCUGGCAUCCAUGGCGUUUAGAGGUGUUCAAUCUACCCGACGCUGGCUCACUCGGGGACGUCCUCCGAAAGCGAGUGUCCGUCGGAUUUCAUAUGUAUCAUGGUCGUAGGGAACAUAUCUCGGAUUUACGAUAUGGGUUUUUUUUCUUGCCUGCGUUGGAUUCAUCUCUCUAUCUCUCUCUCUUUGUCCAUGGGAUCUAAAAUCCGCCGUCGGCCACGAAACCCCCUAUGCCGUCCACUCCUUUUGCACUCCAUUUUAGAAAAACUUCUUGGAUAUCGCCAACGGGAGGCCCGUCUCGAGACGGAAAACAACCCCCUUCAUCUCUAACCAACUCCCCUGCCUCAUAAUCGCACUGCCAACCCCUCACAAUCAACACACAUCACAUACACCCAUACACACACGUAACGUCAUCGGUCUGCAAACUAUCCCCUACUGAGGUUUGUUCACUUUGAACAAUAUCAUCUUACCCUGGGGAUUGGCCUGUCCGAGAUCUUCGUGUACACUUUCGAAAACAAAGAAAAACAAAACGGCAGCGACUAGGGGAGAAACAACCCCCCUUUUUUUAACGACAUUUGAUGGAAAGAGUCGCAACGGAGUAUGGUGCCAUCACGCCCUCUCCCAUCUUGUGUGUAUAGUACAUGGCCCCUCAUAUUACGCGGCACGCAGGAGUCUCCCCGAGGAAGCUAUACGAGAACGGGCAUUUAUCCGAAUGAUACUUCUUGGAUAGCACAAGACGCCCUCGGGGAGCUCGUGACGGCCCACGCGAGGGCAACAACUUGUUUGGGAGUGUCGGGGCAAGUUCUUUUGGGCUAGUUCAUCUUUGGCUCCUCCCCCCCAUCCGAAGGGGAGUGAGAAAGGCCGGAGGAGGGCCCUGUGGUGUUGAAAUUUUCCCCCUUUUGAUAGCGUGUUCGAUUUACUGGGAGAAAAUGUGUGUAGUAAUCGAGCAUUCAAUGACCUCAUAGUAUCACUGGUUCUCGGGUCUCCUUGAACGGACUAGUGAUGACUUGACAAAACAGACACCGCCGUGAAGUUGCCUGCGGUAGGACAGUCCCGACACCCGCUUCUAGGGCCGGUGACACCCGAGCUCCGAGUUAACAGCCCCGAGUACUUUCAUUUGUAUGCCUUGCGGUCCACAUCUUGCUGCUCC